AUGGCUCUACCGGAUAUAUUCAUUCAUUGGAUUUAUCUCUGCAUUUUUAACGCUAGUUUUUCAGUGGCUGUAAAUGGGGCACUAGAAGGAUUCUUCACAAGCGCAAGGGCUGAAGAAGGAAAGUUUGGAUAUCACACUCGCUGUCAAGAGGUAAAGCUCACCCAUCUAAGCUUUGCUGAUGACAUCCUGGUCUUUACAGAUGGGACCUCAGCUUCCCUAUUUGGAGUGUUGGAGGUCUUCAAGGACUUUGCAUCAACGUCAGGGUUACAUAUAAAUCCUUCCAAGUCUACUCUCUUUUCAGCAGGUGAAGAAGCAAACCAACUGGUUGUAACGGAUCACAGGGUGGGGAUUCAGAGUGGCACUCUCCCCAUACGCUACCUUGGGCUGACUUUGACUACCAAAGCCCUUACCAGACUUGACUACGAGCCUCUUCUUAACAGGAUUCAGAAUGAGUUUCUACUCUGGUCCCAUAAAUCUCUGUCUUACGCUGGUAGACUGCAGCUGAUUAAAACUGUGAUCACCAGAUUUCCCCAUGAUAAACAAAAGGCUAAAGUAGCAUGGGAGACUGCAUGCUCUCCCAAAUCAGAAGGCGGAUUAGGGCUGCGGAGCUUGGAUCAAGUGGUAUCUGCUACGGGGAAAAUUGUUUUGGACAGUUUGGAAAUGGGAAAUGGUUCUUGGAUCUGGCGAAAGUUACUUAAGCUCCGUGACAUUGCUUGUCAGUUCCUCCGUAUUGAGGUAAAAGAUGGUCUUGAUACGUUCUUCUGGCAUGAUAACUGGCUACACUUGGGGAAACUGAUUGAUAUCACAGGGCCUGCUGGACCUAACUUGCUUGGAAUUCCGCUAAAUGCAAAAGUUACAGAUGCACAAGAAAUCACAAUUGUAUAUCACUGUAUUAACUCAAAUGCUUAA